AUGGAGCUCCGCUUCAGUCAAUUGCAGCAAAUUAUGUGCAAGAUGGUAGCGAAAGAAUGGAUCAAAGUCAUUGAGCCGAAGAAACAGACUCGAUUCCCCUAUAAUAAAGGUGAGGCUGGUAAGCCAGCCUGGUGGCCUGAAGAUGUGCGGCACAAGGAACCAGAUCAUUUGAUGAAGCCUGAGAGACAUGCUCUUCUUCUGGCUAUUUUGCGUUCUUCGCAAACGCGUAUUGCUAGACUGCAACUUGCUACGGCUGAGGUUUCUGCGUUGAUCAAAGCUGGCAAAGGCUCGUACCUUAUGGAUGUGUACAGAGUGGCUCGUGAAGAAGAAAAGCUCCGUGAUGAAGGUCGUGAUAUGAACUCGCCUGUCACGGUUGGUGUAUCAUCAUUAGAAGGAUGGGAUGCCAUGGCUGGAUGUGUCGCCGCGAGUGGCUCGCAAGCACAUGCUAUGGAAUCAGAUACGUCACUUCAAGAUGGCCGUGAAGCGAAAGGAAAGCGGCGUAUGACUUCACGUACAGAUGAAGAGGACCAGGCCGACCUUAGCAUUUCAUCGACAUGGACCUCGAGUGGCCAUGAAGUGUCAUCACCACAUCGCGCUGUACUUUCAAGCGCAGCGCCAGCGCCUGUACCUUCCAGUCUGAACAUGCAGCUGCGCUCUGUGGACACUUCUGGCAGUCAUGUCGUGACGAAUUCGCCCUACGAUGCAUCACCAGAUCUAUUCUCGCCAGCAUUGCCAUCAACAUCAUCCAAUCCAGCGAGGAGCCACACAAUGGAUACGCCCUCCACCAUUCCGAUGUCAAUGGUCCAAAGCCCAGCGGCUAGUCAUGCACCUUUGCAAGGGUCAUACGUCUCAGGAGUGGCUGAACCCUCACCACGUUCCACCUCUAUGAGUCACCCCGUGCAAUCAGUGCCCAUGCGACCUACACGGUCCACACCUGCUCAGGUGGCUACAACACCUGACAAUUGGGCUAUGCGACAGGCACAGUCCAAUCUUCCGGGAAUCCAUCUCGAAGGGCCCAUCAGUGGGUCGCCUAUGUCGACAGAGGGCCCUAGAAUGGCCUGGGGGGACAAUGGAAAUGUGCCACCAUCACAUUGGCCUAUGCCAGAAACACCUGUGCAACGUCCAUCACAUUCAUCAGGUAUGCCGAUGAACUUUGGCUUUUGUGUUUCUCCAUCAGGUGAUGUGCGGUUCUCAUCAUCAUUUGAUGCGAGCUUUUCGUCAUCACACCAUGGCCCCGUAACGCCUGCCCACCUAGGUCAUAUGAACAUGCCUGGCACAGCGAUGCCUCCUGGCAUGUCGCCGCAAGGCAAUGGUGGCUCCCUCGGCUUCCAUGACACGGCUACGGCACAUCCUCCCACCCAUCCCAUGGAUAUGCAUGGAUUCCCGUCGAAAACCCAUCCCCCCACCAAUAUGCCGUUCCAUCCCAUGCCAGACUGGCCUACGCACUGA